AUUUAUGGACUGAGGAGUGAGGACUGCUCCAACUUUUUUUUUUUGUUUUUAGGGGUGACUGCUUCGCACUAAUUGUAAAACAACACCUCAUACUAUACCGAUGGCUUGAAAAAGGGCACGUGUCAAAAUGCUGCUUCAUCUUGACUUAAGGUCAACAGAAGAAACACUCCCAAGUUUAAAAGAGAAAAACAGAGGAAACCAAAAAGAAGCUUGAUGAUCACGCUUCAUUCACAAAACGUCUCCUAUAAAAACCAUGCUCACUCCCACUCUCAUUCCUCCUUCCUUCCGCUGCUACUACUCAAUUACUCAUUCUCAAAAUACUCUCAAAACUCCGAUGAAUGGGAGACCCUAAAGCAGCGUUGUCGCCGUCGAUAUUACCACCGGGUUGCCGAUUCUACCCUUCGGAGGAGCAGCUCCUUUCGUACUACCUCCGUCACAAGAACCACCUCAAUUCGCCUCUGCAAUCCUCAUCUUCGUCUUCGAAUGCCGAUUAUUACGACGCAAUUAAGGAGAUCAAUUUGUAUAAUUACAACCCCUUUGAUCUUCCGGAAUUGACUUGCUUUAGAUUUGGGUGCGGCGGAAGGAAGCGGCAUUGGUAUUGCUUCACUGAAAGGGUUAAUGGUGGAGAAGAGGAUAGAGGAAAUAGAAGAGCUGGGAUUGGGUAUUGGAAGAGGAAAGGUAGGGUUAGGGAUGUUAUGGGUAAUGGUGGUAAUGUUAUUUUGGGGAGGAGGAAAUGCUUCAUUUUUUAUUUGGAGAAAUUGAAUGGUAAAACUGCUGUUCGGACUGAUUGGUUCAUGUAUGAGUAUGCUCUAAUCGACAAUUUUAAGGCCUCAUUUGUUGUGUGCCGAGUGUUUGUCAAAUCAAAUGGUCGAAACAGCAUUUCAGAGCAUGCUUUAAGUUCAUGUGCUGAAGAAAGCAUUGCAACUGUGCGUCAUAUUGGUAUUCAGCACGAUUCAAGCACUGUUUCUGUCUUGGAUGAAGAUAAAGCACAUGGCUUCUACUAUGUAAAUGGUAUGAUUGCGGGUCAGCCAACAAAAUUGAUGGAAGAGACAGAACCCAACAUUCCGGUGAAAUCACCAGGGCAUGUUGGCAGUGCUGACUUGGUCAAUUCUUCGAGUCCUCGGCAUUUAGUAUCCAACCUAGAACGAGAUUUUAUAGAGUUGGAUGAUCUUCUCUGAGAAACCUGCAAUAAUCAUUUAUACAAGAUGGAACCUGUUAUUACCAUCUGCAUUGAAGUUAUGUUGAAGGAGACUGGAAUUGUUGCUUUUCAACAGUUCACAUUUUGCUGCUACUACAACUUUGUACAUCUGAAAUUGGUAUUCCACCAAAAUCUGCAUUGAUGAACCUCAUCAUGGUAUGGCUGAAUUAGACGCUCGUUAAGUGCUGGUUCUAUGUAUAGAUUCUGCACCCCUGUAAACAACACUAGAGUUGGUUUUAUAUCAAAAUUAUGUAGGGAACAUUAUUAACAGAAGCCAAGUUUGACAAUGCUGUGGCAGGACGUGUCUUCCUGUUAAAGAUUUUCACCAUUCCCUUUGACAGGCAAGCUUGGUGCAUACUGAUUGGGGUAUUAUUCCCAAUUGCGGAGAAUCUGUCCUUGACGAAGCUCUCCUUCGUAAAUGUUUACUGUUUGCUCUAUUUAAAUCUUUGCUAGGUCCAGGUGGAAAUGCUUUUGAAAGUGAGAUCCGAAUAGUGCUUUGACGGAAUUCUCUUGUAAAUAUUUCAGCUAUCUGUCUUAGUUGGAUGCGAGUAAUUGAUUAUAUUGUUAUAAGUGCUGAUUUCGUUUGUAAGGCUUAUGUGCGUGUUGGGAAUUAAAAUUAAGGCAGUAGCUUUUCUAUGAAAUUAUCAUGAAUGCAUUGCGAAGUAAAUUAUGUUCUUGCUAUUUGUUUGGGAGUAUUUCAAAGUUGGAUGCGAGUAAUUGAUUAUAUUGUUUUAAGUGCUGAUUUCGUUUGUAAGGCUUAUGUGCGUGUUGGGAAUUAAAAUUAAGGCAGUAGCUUUUCUAUGAAAUUAUCAUGAAUGCAUUGCGAAGUAAAUUAUGUUCUUGCUAUU